UGGGAGACUUUGGAGGAACUGGUUGAAAGUCUUGAUUUUUGCUAAGAUUUAACUUUUGUAAAAUUAAAUUUAAAAUCUUUUUAUGGCAAGGAUAACCAUGCUGUUCGUUGGCAUCAUCUUAGCUGUGUUUGCAUCCUCACAAUCUGUUUCAUUUAACUGUCAAUAUGUAACUGGUGGAUGGGGAACUUUAACAAACAUUUACUACUGUCAUGCUGCAAAUUCCUUAAACGUCACAUCGCUUGAUGAAGUAAAAGUAAAUUCAAUUUCUGGAAUGCAUUCAGCUGGUUAUGAUUCUGACAAUGUUGAGUAUUUAAAUGUUUAUAACAAAGGAAAAAUGAGCUUUUUUCCGAUUGGAUUAAAUAAAUUUUUUAAGAACCUUAAAGGAAUUUGUAUUGGCAAAAUGGGACUUCAAGAAAUUCAUCAAAGUGACUUAAAAGAUUUUCCUGAACUUGUAGACCUUCGACUUUAUGAUAAUCAACUGGAAAUCAUUGAAAAUGAUUUAUUUAUUUUUAAUCCAAAAUUAGAUUCAAUUUUUUUAAAUUCAAACAAAAUCUCGCAAAUUGAUCCAAAUGUAUUUGACAAUUUACCGAAAUUAAGUUCUUUAUACCUUGACUCAAACGCUUGUAUCAGCUUUAAUGCUGUAAAUAGUGAAUCUCAAGUACAAAUGAUCAUCAAAAAGGUAAAAUUGCAAUGCACAAAUGCAAAUAAUUCAAAUUUGACUCAAAAAGUUAAAAAUCUUGAAAUUGAGUCAAAAACUUUAAAUUCAACAAAAUUGAACGAAAAUCUUCAAAACCUAGAAAAUGAUAUAAAAGGUUCGAAAUUUUCAAAUUCAUUCCAAAACAACCUUCAAGACUUAAAAGCAACUGUCAGAACUAUAAGCACAGAUGAACAUUUUAUUGAUUUGAAGACAAAAAUUACGACUUUAAAGAAAGAUGCGGACUUUAUCAAGAAUGCGAUAUCUGAAAGUGACCAAAAGCUUUCAAAAUUAAUCAAGGACACAACCACAACUUUGAAGGAUAUUGACGCUAAAAAUGAUCAAAAUUUUGGAGCAAUUAUGAAGUUUAUUGAAAAACUUGACAAGAAAAUGGAAGCAAUGCAUGGAUAUUUAGUAGAAAUUGACAGUGUUCAGGUGAAGUUGAUGAACAAGAUCGAUAAAAUCGAGUCAGGAAACGAUCAUAAUUAAUUUGAAUGCAGAAAAAUUUUUUUGUUAAAUUAAUUUUAUUUUUGGAUUCAAAAACCACUUUUGUUUAAUUAAAUCAUUCAAAAUAGAAUCAAUAAAGCAUCUUACUUAAUUACUUCGCUGGCCAUACAAAUCAAUUGUGAUCCAUUCCCGGGUGGACACAGCCAGUUAAAGUCCAUUAUUGGACAAUCAUUUAACAGUCUUUUAACUUGUCGAAAUAUAUACGACAUAGAGAACUAUACGUUAACUAGACUUUAACUGGACAUUUAUGCUAAUCAAUCAAGUGCUCGAAACUCAAAAAUAAUUUUCUUUACUUUUUUGACCAUAUACUUCACAAGCGCUUACAGAAAUCACUUAUAUAAGGUCCACCAAAAUUUGUAUGAAACUUUUAAGUAAAUAUAAUUGUUUCACGCGCAAGUGUUCGAGACUUAAUGUUUAUUAGAGAUUUUUCAUAAGUGAUAGUGUACUUUAAUUAAUUAAUUACACUAAUACAAUAAUAAAAUUUUACAAAAGAAAAAAUAUGGAGAAAUAGACACGUGUUAUUUAUUUUAUUUCGAUUUUUUUGUAACUGGACAUUAACUAGACAUAUUUGCAAUUCCUAUGUCCAGUUAAAUGGAAAGCGCAAAAUAUGUCAUUAGUCGUCCCUAAGUCUAGUUGCAAAGGCACGUCAAUGGAUACUUACUCACCGUGAACAGGCAAGUCAAUGGCAAGCUUUUAACUAGUACUUUGUCCACUCGGG